CUUAUGGGCGUGGCGUCACCAGAGUCGACAAUGAUGGGAUCUCGAGCGAGCGCUGAGCGACCACAACUGACCAGGAGUGAAAGAGAGGUGUCCUCAGCCACAAGAACAAGGAACCCUGCAACAGAUGAGAAAAUGAGCAUCCCUCUCUCUCGCUCUGAGGUGUUUGGGGAGCUGAGGAAGGAGCUCUAUGAUGAUGAAGAGUUUCAUCAGUCUGAUGUUCAUGUCUUCAUCAUCAUGGGCGCAUCGGGGGAUCUGGCUAAGAAAAAGAUCUACCCAACCUUAUGGUGGUUGUUCAGAGAUGGCCUACUACCUGAGCAGACGCACUUCGUGGGCUUUGCUCGCUCUGCCCUGACAGUUGAUGCCAUCCGGACUGCUUGCAUGCCAUACCUGAAGGUGGCAGACACAGAAGUAGACCGGUUGUCGACCUUCUUCGGCAGGAACACGUACGUCAGUGGGAAAUACGCAGAUGGGGAUUCUUUCUCCAAACUCAACACACACAUCGAGUCUCUUCCAGGAGGCCUCGGGGCAAACAGGCUCUUCUACUUGGCCCUGCCACCCACCGUCUACCACGAUGUUACCAAGAACAUUAAGCACCACUGCAUGAGCACAAAGGGCUGGAACAGGGUGAUUGUGGAGAAGCCAUUUGGUCAUGACCUUCAGAGCUCUGAGGAGCUGUCCAGUCACCUCUCGUCCCUCUUCACUGAAGACCAGAUCUAUCGUAUAGAUCACUAUCUGGGCAAAGAAAUGGUGCAGAACCUCAUGGUGCUCAGGUUUGGAAACCGAAUCUUUGGGCCGAUCUGGAACAGGGACAGCGUGGCCUGUGUUGUCCUCACCUUUAAGGAACCCUUUGGCACCCAAGGUCGAGGAGGCUACUUUGAUGAUUUUGGCAUCAUCCGAGAUGUCAUGCAGAACCAUUUGCUCCAAAUGCUCUCCCUAGUUGCCAUGGAGAAACCAGCUUCCACCAGCUCUGACGAUGUCAGGGAUGAAAAGGUGAAGGUGCUGAAGUGUAUUGCUCCACCAUCCAUGUCGGAUGUUGUGCUGGGUCAGUACGUGGGGGAUCCAGAGGGUGAAGGAGAUGCCAAACUGGGUUAUCUGGAUGAUCCCACAGUACCUAAAGGAUCAACUCAAGCCACUUUUGCCACCGCUGUGCUCUACGUACACAAUGAACGCUGGGAUGGCGUUCCUUUCAUCCUUCGCUGUGGCAAAGCACUGAAUGAGAGAAAGGCUGAGGUGCGGCUGCAGUUCACCGACGUCCCUGGAGACAUUUUUGGAAGUCAGUGUCGCAGGAAUGAGCUUGUGGUACGCGUGCAGCCCAACGAGGCUGUGUAUGCCAAGAUGAUGAGCAAGAAACCUGGCGUGUACUUCAGCCCGGAAGAAACGGAGCUGGAUCUCACCUACAAGAGCAGAUACAAGGACGUGAAGCUUCCCGAUGCUUAUGAGCGUCUCAUCCUGGAUGUCUUCUGCGGGAGCCAAAUGCACUUUGUACGCAGUGAUGAACUGAGGGAAGCAUGGAGGAUCUUCACUCCUCUCCUUCAUCAAAUAGAGAAAGAAAAGCCGAAGCCAAUUCCUUACAAAUAUGGAAGCCGUGGCCCUCAAGAAGCAGAUGACCUCGUGCAGAAAGUUGGAUUUCGUUACGAAGGCACUUACAAAUGGGUGAACCCUCACAGACUUUGAAUUGCGAUGAUGUGAGGGAUGAGUAGAGGUAGGAUGGUAGGAGGAGUGCAGUAGGGCAAGUGGUUAGAUAUUUUCCAGUACAGGAUCAUCUUUGAGAAACAAGGCUUUUCCACGAUGUGGAUCCAUCAUGCCGCAAAGACAGAAAAUCUCAGGUAUUGCAGUUAUUCCAUAAGGCCUGGUCAAACUUUCACCAGACAUUUGUGAAUUGAUUGUGUUUUCAUGGGCUUAUACCACAGUUAUGGUGGUAGUUUUCAUACAUUCACAGCAGUUUUCAGCUUUAAUUAGAGAUGGGAUCAAGCCUGUGAAAAAACAGAAUGAUCAAGGAUUUUUGGGAACAAAUUAUUCUGCUAAGUGGAACUCCUUAUUCCUGUCUUCAGUGAUUAGAUCAAAUAUCCAAACCACAAGAACAAAACGCUGCAAGCUAAGUGUUGUCCACAUAGUGUCAACCAACGGACAUAGAAAACGAGGAAUAGGAACAAAUGUUCGCUAGCUGUCGCUCUUAAAUCACCAUGAUUUUAAUGCCAUUCUGCUUUUGAUUGCAUUGUUUGCAUUUCUACUUUUGCUGCUGUUUUUUUGCCUCCUCUGCGUGGGACCAAGGACAUCAUGGUGGUUUUAAAAUGAACAGAUUAGUUUCCACGAGGCGAUUUUCUUCAAAGCGUUUAUACUGCGAGUCUUAACUGUCCUCACUGAUGAGCAAAGCAGGCUCCUUUUUAGUUUCCGCACUUUGAGCUUCAUUCCCUUUUUGUUUACAUUUUUCCAGAUUUAUUUAAGUUGCUGACAUUGAUUCCAUAUUUCAAAAUCCAGACGACAGUGGCGUGUACCACAGGUCAGCAGUGAAUGUCUGUUUUGACGCAUUGUAUACCGCACACUCAUGUAAAGCUAGCUACAUUUCCACAAGUUGUAAUAAACUAGUUUUGCUUGUUA